AUGUCGACGAGGUCCAAAUCCUCAAACACCCUCCGAAAGUCAAAAAGAAAGAACAGCCUUGAGUCUGCUAUAUCCAGUCAAGUCUUCACGAAGAUUGCCAACGUCAACGGAACAAUAGUCGCCGUCAAGCAGAUAAACAAGCCCUACACUGCCGUUACGGCAAGCCUGGUACGGGAGAUCAACGAGAUUCGUUACCUUACUCACCGGAACAUUAACCCCCUAGUCGGGGCCUGUGUAGAACCACUGAAGAACUGCAUCCUUUCUGUGUACUGUCCGAAGGGGAGCCUUCUCGAUGUCCUAGAAAAUGACAACAUUAAGCUGGACAGGAUUUUCAAGGUCUCCUUUGCGACUGACAUUGCUAAGGGGAUGAGUUACUUGCAUGCAUCCGAUGUCAAAAGCCAUGGGCACCUUAAGUCAUCAAACGUGUUUAUCGACCCCCACUGGACUUGCCGAAUAGGCAACAUCGCUAUGCCCAUCUUCCGAGACGGGGAACGACCACUGCAAGAUAGUGAAUUCAACAAAAAUUACCAAUUGUUAUGGACAGCACCCGAGUUGCUUCGCGACCAAAAUCAGAGCGUCCGAGGCUCUCAGAAGGGUGAUGUGUAUUCGUACGGAAUCAUUUUACAGGAAAUCAUACUGAGAUCCGGUCCAUAUUCGUAUAACAAUCUAGAUCCAAAAGAUAUUCUUCAACUUAUUAUCUCAAAGCAAACGCCCCCUUUCAGGCCGGAGGUACCGACCGAAGAAACAAUACCAGAACUCGAUGACAUUAUGCGCAUGUGUUGGGAAGAAGUUAAUAUGUUCCGCCCGACCUUUGAUACAAUAUUGGAAUUGUUGAAGAAAUUGAAUAACGGAAAGACAACGAACCUUGUGGACCAGAUGGUUCACAUGAUGGAGAAGUACGCUGACCACCUUGAAGAACUCGUUAACAGCCGCACGCAGGAGCUAGAGAUAGAACAGAAACGCACAGAAGACCUGCUUUGUAGGAUGUUACCUAGGUCGAUAGCGAAUGACCUGAAGUUGGGAAAGAUGGUCGCGCCUGAGACGUACGACAGCGUCACCGUCUUCUUCUCCGAUAUUGUCGGAUUCACGGCUCUUUCAUCGGAGAGUUCCCCGAUGGAGGUUGUUACCUUACUGAACGAUCUGUACACGUGCUUCGACACGAUUAUUGAGGACUACGAUGUAUAUAAGGUGGAAACCAUCGGCGACGCCUACAUGGUGGUGAGCGGCUUACCUCAGAGGAACGGUAACAAGCACGCUGGCGAGAUAGCGACAAUGGCUCUAGAUCUUCUAAGCUCCGUGACCACGUUUAGAAUACGGCACCGACCCGAGAAACAGUUGCAGAUGCGGGUUGGAAUACACAGUGGUUCUGUAUGUACGGGUGUGGUGGGACUGAAAAUGCCCCGGUUUUGCCUGUUCGGGGACACAGUAAACUAUGCCUCAAGAAUGGAGUCAAGCGGCCUUGCUUUGCGUAUUCACGUGAGCCCCCAGUGUAAGACCAUUCUGGAUCAGCUGGGCGGGUACUACUUCCACUGCAGAGGACCAGUGACUAUGAAGGGCAAAGGCGAGAUAACGACAUUCUUUUUGCUCAGUAAAGAAGGCUUCAACAAACCAUUACCGGACCUCAAACUUGCUGUUCCUGUAGAAGCGCAUGAUUUUAAAUAA